AUGCCGCCGAAGAAGAAGUCGGCACGCAGCGCUGCGGCAGCUGAGCCGCCAGCACCAGAAGCCCCAGCCACUUCGGCGCUGCAAGACGCCAUGACUUCGAUCAACUCCCUCUUCCCCCUCACAACACCCUUCCCGGAUCCAGCCAACGACGACACACUCAUACCGGCUGCAGACAUAAUGCUCGAGCAAGAACUGCUUCGCAAUCCGGACAACUUUCGCUCGUGGUCCUCGUACAUCGACCACAUCAUCGACACCAACAUUGUCAAGCGACCUCCACCAGACGUUUCUCUCAGCACACAUCAAGCCGCACUCCUCGGGCCUCUCGCGAGCAGCACUCAGCGCAUUGCAUUGCGGCGUAUAACAAGCAUCUACGAGCGCGCGUUAGCUCAAUUUCCCACACGGUAUUCGCUCUGGCGGGACUACUUGCAGAACCGCUCCCGCUUCGUACUCGGCGAGCCAAAAGGUGGCCUCGAGGCAAAGCGCAAGCGUGACCUGCAAGCUGCUCGCGAGAAGCUCGACUUUGGUCCCACACUCAUCGAUUCGCCCGAUGACGAGGACUUUGGCCGCUCUUACACUGGUGGUCUCGACGGCACUGUCGGCUGGCAGGAAUGGAAGAGCCUCGCUGCGCUGUACGAACGAGCGCUCAUGUGGCUUCCAACCAUGCCACGGCUUUGGCUCAGCUACCUGUCCAUGUUCAUCCAUCCACAGUGCCCGUCCACCCUCUCGUAUACACACGCACGUCGCACCUUUGACCGUGCGCUACGGACCUUGCCCGGCUCCCUCCAUCUAAGGAUAUGGAAGGUGUACCUCAAAUGGGCCGAACGUCGAGGCGGCGAGACGUGCCUCAGAGUAUGGCGACGUUAUCUUCGAGUCGACCCCACGCUGACAGAGCGAUAUGUAUCGACCCUUCUCGCCCAGAAGGAGGACACCGAGGGAGAUGCGGAGGACGAGGCGGAAGAUGAGCAAGGGGGAGAGUCGUCACAGGGCAGCAAGAGUAGGUCUGGCUCCAAGGCGCUGGAGGCUUCCAAGCUUUUGCUCAAACUUGCUCGAGGCGCCGCAGACGGGUCGUAUACCAGUCCGGAAGGCAAGAGCGCUUAUCAGCUCUUCAUCGAAUGGCUAGAGCUGACCGAAAAGUACCCAGAGGAGAUUGGUCUGGACUCAGAAGAAGAGAAGGAGGCGCUGUUAGAAAGCAUCGGUACAUCAGCCAACGGCAGGCAGGCUCACUCGCAAGUUGCGAGACGAGGCAAGAACAAAGCCGCAGCGACCUCCGACAAUGCUCCGUCAGGCAAGCAAUCCGGAACGGAUUCACUCGAUCCUUCUCGCCUCAACGUGACAAAGAUCAUCAAGGAGGAUGGACUGGACAAGUUUGCGGACCAGUCGGGACGACUCUGGACCGGCUUGGCGACAUACUGGAUCAAGCGCGGCGAGUUCGAAGUAGCGCGCGACACGUUCGAAGCAGGCAUGAAGGCCGUCAAAACCGUCCGCGACUUUACGCAGAUCUUCGACGCUUACGCCGAGACCAGCGAAAAUGUGAUCGCCUUCAUGAUGGACGAGCUUGCCGAAGAGGCAGAGGACGACGACGACGAGGAAGAAGAGCCUAGAAAGAACAAAGAAGCGGAUCUCGACCGCCGCAUGCAAGAGUUCGAAGAGCUCAUGGAGCGCCGGCCCUUCCUGGUCAACGACGUCCUGCUGCGACGCAACCCGGAUGACGUGCAAGAGUGGGAGAAGCGCGUGCUUCUGUACGGCGACAACGACGACAAGAUCGUCGAGACGUACCGCGAAGCCAUUCAAAAGAUCAAUCCGCGCAAGGCCACCGCCAACUUCCACCAGAUGUUCCUCAACUUUGCCCAGUUCUACGAAUACGGCGGGUCAGCAGGGCUGGCCAAGCUCUCGGGCGAAGCCGACGAGGGCGAGGAUGCCGCCGAAGAAGCUGCAGAGACAGAUCUCGAGUCAGCGCGCAAGAUCUUCGAAAAGGCGAUCACCAUCCCGUUCCGCCGAGUCGACGAUCUCGCCGAGAUUUGGUGCGAAUGGGCCGAGAUGGAGCUUCGGCAUUCCAACUACGACGAAGCGAUCCGCACCAUGGCUCGCAGCGUGGCCCCUCCGCGUAACACCAAAGGCGUCCAGUACCACGACGACACGCUUCCACCACAGACACGUCUGUUCAAGUCGCUCAAGCUGUGGAGCUUCUACGUCGAUCUCGAGGAGUCGCUGGGAGACGUCGAAAGCACCAAGCGUGUCUACGAAAAGGUGCUCGAGCUCAAGAUUGCCAAUGCGCAGAUUAUCAUCAACUACGCCGCCUUCCUGGAAGACAACAAGUACUUCGAGGAGAGCUUCAAGGUGUACGAACGCGGUGUCGAGCUGUUCACCUACCCGGUCGCCUUCGAGAUCUGGAACGUCUACCUCAGCAAGUUUGUCAAGCGCUACGGCGGCGCCAAGCUGGAACGGGCACGAGAUCUGUUCGAGCAAGCGUUGGACAAGUGCCCCGCACGCUUCUGCAAGGCGCUGAUGCUCAUGUACGGCAAGCUGGAGGAGGAGCACGGUCUCGCCAAGAGAGCCAUGAAGAUCUACGACCGCGCUACCCGAGCCGUGUCGACGGACGACCGAUACGACAUGUUUGUCUUCUACCUCGCGAAAGCGGCGGCCAACUUCGGUCUCGCAGCUACACGACCGAUCUACGAGCGGGCGAUCGAGUCACUGCCAGACCGGCAGACGGCGGACAUGUGUCUUCGCUUUGCGGAGCUGGAACGCAAGCUGGGCGAGGUGGACCGAGCGCGCGUCAUCUAUGCGCAUGCUUCGCAGUUCUGCGACCCGCGCACGCACACCGACUUCUGGAAGCAGUGGAACCAGUUCGAGAUCGAAACCGGGUCCGAAGAUACGUUCCGAGAGAUGCUGCGGAUCAAGCGCUCGGUGCAGGCGCAGUUCAACACGGACGUGUCGUACAUUGCCGCUUCGGCAGUCGCGUCUGCGCAACGCAACCAGGCUCAAGCUCAAAGCAAUGGCGUCGCCGAUGUGGACGGCAGCAAUGCCGAUGCAAGCGAUCCGAUGGCGAGGGUCGAAGCUGCUUCCAGGUCGACGGGUGCGAGGCCGACAGCAUUUGUUGCCGCCAGCACUGCAGCCAGCGGUGCUCGUGUCGCUGAUGCGAAUGGCGACGGAAGUGCAAUUAAGAACGAGGAGGUAGUGGGUGGCGAUGAUGAGGACGACGACGACCUUUUGUAA